AUCCUGAUGAGAAAGUAGAUCUUGUUUGCCAGUUAAUUUAUUAUAACCCCACCGGUUACUAUUCUAAUGCUCAAAAAUUAUAUAAAGCUAUCAAGGAUGAAGGCUAUCAUUUCCUAUAUAAAAAAAUUCAUGAGUGGUUGGAGUGUCAACAACAGUACCAAAUUUAUAAGCCUUCUCCAAAACAUAUUACUAGAGCCAGCUAUGAAAAAACAUACAAAGCAGUAUUAAAUAUAGUGGAUUGUGCGUCAAGAUAUAAGGCCUCGCCUCGAUUAUUACAAACAGAUAAUGGUCAGGAAUGGAUAAGCAAGACUAGUAGAAUAAUGGAGGAACAUGGUAUAGUAAUUCAAGUUAUUGGUCUAUAUUCCCAUCAUAGUACAGCAAUUGUGGAGAGAUUUAAUAAAACUCUAGCUGAAAUGCUAUAUAAGAUUCAAUAUAGCAUUGAAA